UUAAGAAAGUGACAUCUGGAUUGUUUCUCUGCGUAUUUGAUGCGUAGGAUGUUCCUGAUCCGUGAGAGCCAGCAGCAUGCACAGUGCUUUGUCCUCUCGCUGUGUUACAAGCUGAAGACCAAACAUUACCUGGUUAUCCCUUGUGAGGAUGGAGGCAGGAAGUACUUCACCAUGGACGACGGGCUGACCCUCUUCAUCGACCUCCUGCAGCUGGUGGAGUUCCACCAGAUCAACAAGGGCAUCCUGCCCGUGUGCCUCAAGCACCCGUGCGUCUGUGUAGCACUUUGACCUCUAGUGACCUCUAGUGACCUCUGCCCUGGCGCUCCUUUAAUGUAACCUCU